CGUCACUCAACCGCUGUCAUCAUCUGCCGCUUUAUAGUGCCAGUGGACACCGUGAGCUCAAACGCACAAAUGCACCGCUCCUUGACGGGAUCGUAGUCUCAAAACCAGUGUAUACAGUGAUCCCACACAUUUUAUUUCAAGGACCUAUUUAUUCGCCGUGCCACCAAGGGCAAAUUGUUGGAUUAUUCUGCUUUCAAACGUCUACAAUGCUGGGUGCUGUUAAAAUGGAAGGACAUGAUCAUUCAGACUGGAGCACCUAUUACGGCGAACCCGAGUGUUACUCCUCUGUCGGGAACAUGAAUGCAGGGCUAGGAAUGAACUCUGUGGGUGCCUACCUGAGUAUGCCGGGCAUGAAUGGCAGUGGAAACAUGACAGGCAAUUCUGUUAACAUGUCAUAUAUGAACACAGCUAUGAGCCCGUCAAUGAAUAGCAUGACAGCAGGUGCCGGGGUCAUGAACGGGAUGGGAACUGGGAUGGCGACCAUGGGCGCAGCGCUAAGCCCAGGAAUGAGCUCCAUGCCGGUGCAGCCUCCUUCCAUGAACUCACUCACAUCUUACCCGAACAUGAAUGCCAUGAGUCCCAUGUACGGGCAGUCCACUAUCAGGACGAGGGACCCAAAAACGUACCGGCGAAGCUACACUCAUGCCAAACCCCCCUACUCCUACAUCUCCUUGAUUACCAUGGCCAUCCAACAAUCAUCGAACAAGAUGCUCACACUGAGUGAAAUCUAUCAGUGGAUCAUGGACCUCUUUCCUUUUUAUCGCCAGAACCAACAGCGUUGGCAGAACUCUAUCCGACAUUCAUUGUCUUUCAACGACUGUUUCAUCAAAGUGCCCAGAUCUCCAGAUAAGCCGGGAAAAGGCUCAUUUUGGACCCUGCACCCAGACUCUGGGAAUAUGUUUGAGAAUGGUUGCUACUUAAGGAGACAGAAGCGCUUCAAAUGUGAGAGGAUACGCUGCAAGGAGUCGGGCAGUAAGGCUUUGGAGAAUGGCUCUAGCAGUAGCUCUGAAAGCAGCAAUGAAAAUGAAACUCCCCGCUCCAAUAAGUCUUCAAAAGACAAGAAAUCAGAUGAGAAGUCAUGUCAGGUUCUGAGCCCGGAGCAGGUGGCCUCUACAACACAUCACACAAUGUCACAGCAUCACGGGGUCCUCGCUCAUGAGGCCCACCUAAAGGCGGAACAUCACUAUUCUUUUGAUCAUCCUUUCUCCAUUAAUAAUCUGAUGUCCUCUGACCAGCAGCAUCAUAAAAUGGACUUAAAGAGCUAUGAACAGAUGAUGCAAUAUUCUGGGUAUGGCUCGCCUGUGGCAGGAGCCUUAUCAGGUCAGAUGACAAGCAGAACUGGCCUGGACCCCUCGCAAAUUCCCCCUGAUGCUUAUUACUACCAAGGUGUUUGUUCCAGACCAAUAAUGAACUCUUCAUGAUUUUUUGGUGAUUUGUAUAUAUGUGUAAAUUGACUGUUUAUGCACAUGCAUUUUCACAUAAGCUUUCGCCAUCAAAACUCAACCUGUGUGAGUGUGUGUGUGUGUGUCUGUGUAUGUAUAUAUGUAUGUGUAUAUAUAUAUAUAUAUAUAUAUAUAUAUAUAUAUUAUGAAAAGUGUUCAGGCACGAUUUGUUCAUAUGUUUUUCUAGGUUUUAAGAUGCAUCAGAAGUAAACUGCAUUUUAAAAUAAAUUGCUGUAAAAGAAGGAAAUAGUAGUAAUCUAAUUUAUAAGACAAUUUGACAAGACUGAAGGCCUUUAAACAAAAAAGUAUUGCUUUAUGCUUAAGGAUGGUUUUGUGUAUUAUAAAUAACAAGAGUGAAUUUAAAGUGUUUAUUAUUAUUAUUAUUAUUAUUAUUGGUGUAACAUAGAAAGAAUCAAUUUGUUUAGAAAAAAAACAAAUAUGGGCCAAUUCAAUAUUGCAUAAAUGGAUGUACUGUAUUUCUCCAAAUUCUUUUCAUGACGAUGGUCAAAAAACUUUGUCUCGUGCAGGUAAUGCGUGCUAUCUAAUAAUAAUAGUAAUAAUAAUAAUAAUAAUAAACGUAAACUUCGUGAACACAUCCUUUUCUAUUAAUUGUACAUUUUUUCAGACCACUGCACGUUAUUGCGAAAUAUAUCGGAAAGUUAGUUACAUGCGUAAUUAAUACAUUUUUUGCAUAACACUUUAAAAGGCCAUAUAGGCCUAUAUAUAUAUAUAUAUAUAUAUAUAUAUAUAUAUAUAAACCUAUCGGAAAAUUGUAUCAUAAUGUUAGGAAUCAGAUUUAAGACCUACAUUCAGUAACAUUGCUGAAAAAACAGGAUACAAAGAUCGAUGAUCAGUUAAUGUUUACAUUAAACCUUUUGUGCAAAACGAAUGAAUAUAUUUUCAUGGAAUAUUUAUUAAAGCAUUACUUCAUAUGAAUGAAUCUGCGUUCUUCGUAAUUCUAUCUUCUUUGCGUACGAAGCUUAAUCGCAGAAUUUUAUUUUAUAAUACUUUUUUUCACCUAGGGCCUACUUUCCCAAAGAAGUAAAUUCCAGGUUUAUUAUUUUUUGUAUUAUUUUCCUGAUUGGCAAGGAGCUUGGACAAGAUUAGGUAUAAAUAUUUCUUUCUUUUACUCCACAUGUCUGAAUCUCGUCUCGCUUUCAAAUCGGUGACCCGAAAAAAAUUUAAUUUCCUAUGAAAUGUGCCCCAUUUUUGCGUAGUACAAUUUUACAGGGUAGGAGAAUAACCGGAUUGCUUUGGAUUCACUAUAGUGAGAGAUAAUGUAUAGGUAUAUGCAACGCACAUAUUCAUAUACAUUUUUAAUGGACACUUCUAAAUCCCACAAUUUCUCCUUCGCACCUAAUGGUUUCAUUAUUCGGGAAUUAAGCACUUACACAAUAAAAGCUAUCAGCACACGUGGGAUGUUAAAAAACUCGGCCAGCUUUUUAUAUCUUCUAUUGCAGUUCAUACCAAACUCAUCCAAGAGGACUCCUAUAGUGCAGGGCAGUGAAAGCUUUGCUUUGUGCUAAAGUCAACAGUGGCGUUUGAGCUCAAAUAAAUGCCGGGAUGACUUCGACCAUCUGCAGUGGCUCACAGGAGAAGCGUUACCACUGGAGUUUGGCGCGGUGUAAUAUACAACAUCCGGAUCUGUGUCAGGGGGAGACCUAAACACCCCUGCUGAAACAUGAGCAGAUGGAAGUUUGAGGAAUCCCACGACACCUAUCCCAAUACACGCACUUAGAAUGUGGCCAUUCUGAAAGCUCCUGUUCAGCUCGACCUCAAGACAAACCUUUGACAGGAUAAAGAUGUGGGUCGUGCUCUCCUUCACGCUUCCAUGGACUCUUCAAGUUAAACCUGGUGGCGGGAAAGACCUCAAAACCACAUGAGCGGUGCACAGCUAAGAAGGGAUUGAGGAAAGCCGGUGAGCAAACACAGGUGCUCCGGAGUCAGCGGCGCUGUCAAGGACGACUGCAAACAAGAACAGCGAUGGCCGGCCCCGCCUCCCGGCUCCAGCAAGUUCCGCCACCCCAUAAUCCCACCCACCACUUUUCCAGACCUGUUUUCUUUUUAUACUGCUUAUGGUUAUUAAUAACUAAAGAUAACAGCGUGUUUUUCUCCAAACAGCACAUUGUAAUGACCAAAUUAAAAUAAACUGGGUUAUUAUUUCUUUUUUUAUGACCACCUCACCCAAAAUAUUAACCAAGAACUCACAGAGCAAGCCACUUCAAUAAAUGCUAAAUUUCUGUAUGUAUGAAUGCGUGUGUGUGGGCUUGUGUGUGUGUAUAACAGAAGAUGCUUUAAGUGUAAUUUUCUAAAACUUACAGGGUAAAUAGAGGUCAAAUUAGCCAUUGCCAGGGAGACGCUGGUCACAUGCCAUACCAAAUGAUGGCCGAAACCCACCUGAGAAGAUCGGGCACGUGGGAGCAGCCAGCUGCUGACAGAAACGUGGGCUUUCCAGUGCCCACUAUUGCAGGGAAGCGAAGAGAGGGAAUGCUGUCGGCACCAUGGGUAGCCCCACAUUGGCACGACGAGGGGCAGGAUGGCAGGUCUGCAUGAAGUGGGGGGGGCAGAAGGGCAGAAAUGAGGAGACGUCUCCCACCACAGAAGCUGAAGAAACAGAGAGAACCCUACAUAUCAAUCUCACAGGCUGUGGAAAUAUACAAUCAGGAUAACAUAUACUUUAUUGAUCCCAGGGGGAAUAUCCUUACAUAUACUCGUAUAUGAAAGAGUUCUUAAGACCGUAUGGCAAAUCAAAUUUUGAAGGUGCAUCCAGGGGAGAAGGGGAGCUGACAUGGAGCAACACAGACUCCAGCAGCAAGGACAGGUGACUGCUCUGUCAGCCCUGAGUGAUACUCAGAGGACCCUGGUCUGGAGCAGGGCUGGGAUGAUGCACAAGAUGAGAGGGGAGAUAAGAGAGAAGUGCUGAAUGAGAAAGACUGGCUAAAUGGGGGGGGGGGCUGGAUCUCAGCCAGCACUGAUAAAAGUGACCAGACAGAGGCCAUAGGUGGGGAAACAAAGGGAGGGUCAGACAGAAAAUGAUGAGUGGCAUCGGUGUUGACUUCCUGACCCUCUACUGCAAAUAAGGACAGAUAAGAACUGUGGUUUUGGGUUUUUGGGGAUACUACCCAUGACCUGCCCCCAGUGCCCCCCCAUGUCUGCUCUGAUGCUAACAGAAGGUAGGCAAGUCAGGCUUCUCCUAUAAACAAACGUGGAAUUGUGAGGUUUGUUUAGAUGCUCCCGAAAAGAAUCUUUAUGAAAUGCUGAUAGCGGCCUAGUAGGUCCCUGGGGGGCUGAUCCCGGUAAUACAACAAACCCAACCAAAUAACUAAGAAAUCAAGGCUUCUCAGAUUGGGACACCACCUUUGGAUCAGAGACACCUUUAGGUUAGUCAUGUGUGGUCACAUUUUGAGAUGCACCAGGUGUGAAAUAGCCUCACAUGCCUGUUAUAAAUUAGCUAGAAAUAUGGAUUCCAGCUUUUGCUGUUUAUGUAAAUCGGACAUUUCCGCAUUGUCAAGAUUAAUGUUGUCAUGCCCCACAUUGUUUGAAUGUUAUGUUACCCUUUGUAUGGUUAGUGUUUAUUAAUGCUUUGUAUUGUUUGUCAGUUUUGCAACUUCAACGGCUCAUGCUGGUCAGGGUCACAGGGAAUAUUACAAAUGACAUUUUCAAAUGAAGGAGACAUGGUGGUUCAAUGCGUAUCCCAUCUCCACUCUGUGUAUGUAGAGUCUGCAUGUUCUCCCUGUGUCUUGUGGAGUCUUCAUAGGUGUGUCUAAGUUGUGUAUGCAUAAUUGUGUGUCCUACAAUGGACUGGCCUCCCGUCCAGUAUGUAUAUAUAUUUUUUUCAAUAUUCCUGAUGUAAUUGCAAUGGGCAAAAUGUGUAAAAUUAUACUUUCAAAGCUG